AGCUCCCAUCAGGGUGUAAACAUGAUCCUGCUCCCGCUGUUCUGUCUCCUGUGUCCGGGCUUUGGACCAGCGUCUGCGCAAGAGAUCCGGCCUGGUGUAGUCACUGUGUCAGAAGGUGCACAUGCUCUCCUCCCUUGUGCUCUGGGCCCUGGACAAGACAAGUUUGACUGGAGAAAAGACCACGGAGUAGAGAAGAAGGAGGUGUUUAUGUAUAAGAGAGGCUCAUACUACGGCCAUGGCCUCGACGGUCAAAGUGAACAGUUCAGAGGUCGUGUUUUGUUCUUUAAAGAUGAACUCAGAUCUGGAAAUGCCUCCAUAAAAAUACAAAACACACGUCUGGAGGACAAUGGCACGUACACCUGUGUGUUAUUUAAGCCAAACACCAAUGAAGUUGAAAAGGAGAUUACCAUUAGGCUCAAUGUUGGUGAGUAUUUAUCACAGUCAUUCAAAUAAACUUUGUUUUACAGCUUCUGUUCAGCUUCAUUGUGUCUGCUUUUUGUCUGUUGUGUGGUGUGUGCUGUUUUAGUUUGGAUUUGCAUCUUUUUCAUUUAUUUGCUCCUCAAUAUUUUCUGUUGCCAUUUAAUACAUAAAAGACAAGGUCCUAAGACUUAAACCUGCUCAGAUCCAGGUGCAAAUCACAUGCUCUGCUACAGGUAAUGUUGAGUCAAGUGUUCCACUGAGGACCAGGCUUGGACUGGAUAGUCAGGGACAUAAAAUACUUGUACUCAUAUCAUUUGUUUUAUCACACAAUUAUU